UUUAGCAAAAACCGACGUCCACCUCUAGACCUUACCAGGCCUCGCGUACACUACCUAAUAGCAUUGGGUAGAUUAUCCCCUCUCCGCCCUCUUAAAGUGCUGUUCUCUCUUUUUUUUUUUUUUUUUUUUUUUUAAACGGGGAGAGAGACUUGGCGUCGCAAAGCAAGCUUUUCCCGUCUUUUCCCAUUCUGCAUUCCCGCAUUCUGCUUAUCCCGUUUCAACCCCGAACAACAAUCUUAGUCGAAGAAAUCCUGUGCCUACAACAUUUUGUUGCCUUCCCAAUCUAAGCUUAUAUACCCUCAGAUCAAUUGCGUGAGCCAACCAACCGAUCCAUUUUCAUAUUCAUCCAUCGGUGCCCAUACGCGCACUAUACUAUUCCAGGCCGUACGAUCAGGUCAUCCCAACGACAAUACCCCUGGUCGUUCCCGCCAUAUGCAAACCCCCUCCUUUCGCUUGUCUUGACCUGGACAAGAGCGGCUGAAGGACUUGCUGUGGUGCCUGCUGAUGUCGAACCACACCUGCAUCUCAUGAUCGUACCAGCACCAGUGCCACCAUGACGGACCAGCAAGAGCCAUCCGACAUCUUUGGUCUCGACGAUCCAAACGGCCCGUAUUACCAAGAUGGCAAUAAUCCAAGUAAUGGGGACGCGGCCCUGACCGACUCCAGCACCGGCAACCAACAGUUCUACGGUGAACCUAAUUGGACCUUUCAAGACACUCCUCCUUACGACACUUACGACACUAAUGCAUUUUACCAAGACGAAUGGAAUCUAGGUCAGCAGCCCGAACUAGACAAUGGCCUCGCUCCGCAGCCACCGCCGCCGCAGCAGCCCGCUGCAGUGGCCCCGUCUUCCAUGGCACCCGGUCCGUCGAAUCCACUGCCGACCGUAGGCCCGGUAGUGACCACUACGCUACAGAUUCGACCGAACGGCGCGGGUCCGAGAGGUCUUACUGAAGAACAACGCCAAAAACUACAGAAUAUCGCUAUGCCAACCCAACUUCACUAUCGCUCCCCUAAGAGCGAAGCGAGUCCCGAUUCAGCCGGUCCGAUUUAUAAGUCUUCUUCCAUAUCGUCGCCCGAGGAUCAGAGUCUCUGCUCCAAGUCGAAUAGUCGUAAGCGAAAGUCGUCGGUGGAACUCGACGACGAUGACGAUGACGAUCUUGAUAGCCACCAGCCAGUGAAAAAGACGGCCCACAACAUGAUCGAGAAGAGAUAUCGCACUAAUCUCAAUGAUAAGAUAGCAGCUCUGCGAGAUAGUGUACCAAGUCUACGCAUCAUGUCUAAGAGCGCGAGGGGCGAGGACACGACUGAGGACAGAGAAGAGUUGCACGGCUUAACACCUGCGCACAAGCUUAAUAAGGCUACGGUGCUAAGUAAAGCUACCGAGUAUAUUAGGCAUUUAGAAAAAAGAAAUCUUCGGCUCGUCGAUGAGAACUCGGCCAUGCAGCAACGAAUAGCUGCCUUCGAGAAACUCUUCAUGGCGGGUGCGAUGAAUGGCGCAGUUAGUCCCUUGCAGCAAACGACGCCUUCCACGCCCAUACAAUACUCGCAAGAGCCUAACGGUUACGGAAACUCAGCUAUAGGCACAUCGGGCCAGACCGAUCCCCAGGGUAUGAUACAAGUACCUGAAGAUAUGAAGCGUAUAAUUGCCGCCCAGUUGGCGACGGGUCAGCCGUAUCCAGUACCGCCAAGGCCGUUUGGUGGUAAUCACAAUCCCAAUUUGAUACGUCAACAGCAAAUCCAACAGCAACAACACCACAUCCAAGCAAGAGGCUGGCAGAAUGCUAGCCCUUAUUUUGGAAAGUUGAUGGUUGGCUCCCUAGCCGGGUUAAUGCUUCUGGAGGCCGUUCGGGAGAACGAGCAAAACAACGAAACGCCAGAGGGCCGUGGUCUCUUCGCCGUCCCCAUACACCUUCUCAGUUUACUUACAUCCUCGUUGAAUAUCAACUUUAUGGGUUAUCAUUUGCAAGGUGCGCAGGUGUUAUAUUAUAUCAGGGUUUCAUUGCUGCUCUGUAGUAUUUGGUGGGCUGUCUUCCCCUCGCUCAUGGAACGUAGGCCACCAAGUGUGCAGGGUUCCAAACAGCAGAAACAAGCUUCCCUGAAAGCAGUACCGUCUCUGGCAUCUCCUAUACACGUACGUCGUCAAGCAUGGCUUACAGCCAUCCAGACAGUCUGGGUCCCACGACACAAUUUCUUCCUCGAGGCUGCCGCGCUUGGUCUCAAGACAAUGAAGCUGAGCCUGAGGAAUCUUAUUGGAAUCCAUGGUUAUCAGAUGCUGACGGGUCUCACGGAGGACGAAGAGCUUGCCCGUGUCAAGGCAUGGGCAAUCGCCCUAGACGCUCAACUAGCCGGAGGAGAUGUCGAGAUUAGCAAGAGCCGACUGACUCUAACCUUGCUCGCUUCGGGAACUCUGCCCACUACACCACUUCGAUUGAUGCUUAAGGCGCUCCAUAUUCGAGUUCUAUUGUGGGAGGUUGGCCUCUCUGGUAUCCAGCUUGGCAUAUUCAACACAUUUGCGUCUAAAUUGGCUCGAACAAAAUGGAAUGAGGCAAAGCAACUACACAGACUCCUCACGCAGCUUCGCCGUGGCGGCCAGGAACAAUCUGAUGACGAGCUACCUGAUCACCUAGCUGCCUUGCUUGAGCAAGAUUGUGAUAUGGUCCUAAAUCCAAAUAUCGUUCAAAGGGCACAUAAUCUCGCCUGGAACCGCCCAACCGACUACGACGCCAUUGGAAUCGUUGAUGGUAUGGAUACUGUAGUAGAUGAUUUAGCAGUCCGCUCGCCAAUGGACGCUGUUGCAGCCUGGUGGUCAAACAUGACGCUACAAGGUGCACUUACGAAUAGUCUUCUAGCGCAAGAGGAUGAUGCGGACACAGUCCAACAAGUCGAGGAUGAUGUGUCGCUAGCCAUUAGAACCGCCCCGAUUGGGUCCAUCGCCCAAAAUCGUGCUUUAGUUGCACGUGCGCUACUCUUUGAGGAGAAACGAAACAUCAAUAUCAUGGCUGCAUUGCAAGCUAUUGGGCCCGUAACCCCGGUUCUCUCAUCGAAUAGUCCCUCGGGCAGCCCUACCCGUACUGCGCCAUCAUCUCCCGCUCCUAUCAAGGUGCUCCCGCCUUCGCUAGUCAUGACCACCGAGAUGCGCACUGCUCUCCUAUGUGCCAUGGCCAUUGCCCAUCUUCAAAAAUUCUCUCCCCCUGAAGAGCCUGUGGAUAUCUAUGGUGUAAUCGAUCAAAUUCACCCCAUCAGCGAAAUGGGAUUGCUCGGUUACACCGCUACUUUUAAAUUAAUGGACCGGCUUGCCAGUCAUGAAUUCGCUGCAGAAGCUUGCGCUGAUACGCUAGAGCGUCUCUCGGGCACACUGCGGAUAUGGACUGGGAAAGACUGCGGACUUGAGCCAGAAGUUCGGCACCAGAUGAUUGAACGAUGUUUAACCGUAACCCGUGGUGUUGUUGGAAUGGGCAUCGACACAGAUACCGGCUAUGGCAGCAUGAGCGAAAGCGAGGACGACCAUGACGUAUUAGCCGACUUAUCAACCGUCACGGAUGUUGUAGCCAAGCAAAAGCCCCCCGCUAUCGACUUGGAUUUUGCGUAGAGUCUUGCGCCAACCCAUUCCAUAUUUAUAUUCUAGCGAUGGUCUCAAGAAAGCUUAUCCAUAGGAAAGUCUAUCUUAGUUCGAGCAGCCGAAGUUAUGCAUUUAUGAUGUUAAUGAUUAUUGACCAGAAGUGGCCAUUGUCACUUAUAUACUAUACUAACAUCACUACUUCAUUAUAUAUAUAAUUGGGUUAUUUUGUCGUCACAUGUGGGAUCGGUGCAAUUCAUGAGGGACAUGGUUUGGCCUCAAAAGUUUAGGGGCGUUCUGGGAAAAGCGGAAAUAUGCUUACGGUCUUUAAUGGUAGAAUGGACAGACUAGGGACGAAUACCGGCGCUCUUUGAAGAUGGUUGAGGAAGGACAGAAAAGGCUUAACAGCUUUUACUUAUGCGUCUAAGACGCCUUUUGAAAGCACAACAAAUACCAAAAUAGUAUAUAAUUCAUGUGAGAGCUGUUAACUGUAUUAUAUGUGUAUAUCUCUAUUCCUAGCGAAUCCAGUAUUCUCAGGCUUCGUCUAUAGCCUAAGCUAGACACUUUAGAUCCUCACUUAGCAUAUGUUAAGGCAGAUAGUCCAUCAUAAGAGCAAAAACUUCAUGA